GGCAAGAUGGUUUACAUCUCGAACGGACAAGUGUUGGACAGCCGGAGUCAGUCUCCAUGGAGAUUAUCUUUGAUAACAGAUUUCUUCUGGGGAAUAGCAGAAUUUGUGGUUUUGUUUUUCAAAACUUUGCUUCAGCAAGAUGUGAAAAGAGGAAGAGGCUACAGAAACUCGUCUGACUCCAGAUACGAUGACGGAAGAGGGCCACCAGGAAACCCUCCCCGAAGAAUGGGUCGAAUCAAUCAUCUGCGUGGCCCCAGUCCUCCUCCUAUGGCUGGUGGAUGAGGAAGGUAAACGUCUGCUCUAAGGAGCAGACAGCUGGGCGUGCACAUUCGUAGCAGAAGGAAACCAUCUGGAACUGGGGCCGACCGUGCUGGCCGACGCAAAGCAUGUGUGCGCCCGCACCAGGAUUGCUCUGUGUCCCCACAGAUGAAUGAUGUCAGGCUGGGAAUUCCCUCCACAGGGAUCUGGCCUGAUUGAGAUGCAGUUCUAUAAAUGCGUAUGUUUGUCUCAUCUUUUUGUAUAGUUUAUUAAAGUAUUAAUAUAGUUUUAAUAAGUAAAUAUUUGUAGGUUGCAAAACUGACUCCUCAUCUUUAUAUACUUACACACACACACACACACACACACACACACACUCACCCAAAAACACCUCGGAAUAUGAAGAAAAUAAAUAAAGGCUGCGUACUCAGUGCUGUCAGUGUCACAUCUUUCAGCCUCUGAAAUAUUGCUCAUUGUUAAUUUGUUCUCAUUUCUAAGUAAUAAAUUGCAUUGUAUUUGUUCAAUAAUAUGCAUAUAGUA